UGACUAACUGAACCUAAACCAUUUUCUUUCCUCUUUCCUCUUUCCUCCUUCAUCAUUUAUUAUUUGCUAUCUAGAUUUAACGGAAGUCGAGGUAACAUAAAACAGAUGACGAAUUGAAUCAAUAAUCGCAUAUACGAACUCAUGAAUUGCACUCCUGCCUCCCGGUUUUUACCAUGGAUUACCAAUCCAUCCAUGGUCAAGAUGUAUCAAGUUUCGAUCUGAGCACAACCCACCGAUUGCCAACCGUUUCGGCGGCACAGGCACUUGAAGAUCUCGGUACUGAUCCUCGACGGUUUCUCUCAACCAGUCUUGAAGCCUUUGAUCAAGCCCUCAAUGAUAUCAUUGGUGAUAGCGGUAGUGCCUCACCUCGUCCCGGAGGUUUACAGAAGGGCCAAGUCGUAGAAAUAUGGGGGCCUCCGGGUUCGGGCAAGACCACCUUUGGGAUCCAACUCGCCGCAAACGCCUUGCGGCUAGGCGAUAAUGUCCUCUGGGUAGAUGGGUUUCAUCCGCUGUCUGCCCACAGGUUACACAGCAUAAUAGACUCCUCCCAGAAUCUACCAGCACCAGUUGAGGAGGUACCCCCAUUUGCAGAUCAAAUGGCCAAUGUUCGCCAUUUCCGAACCCCGACCCUGGCUCAUCUAAUCGCACUUCUCUGCAAGCCUGCUGCAAAUACUUUACCGCAUGGUACAUCUCUCGUCGUAAUCGAUAACUUAUCUAGUUUAGUAAAUCAUGCUUUCCCCAAGAACCACGAAGCUAGGCAGGCUCAGAGAGGACCUGGACCGGGACCUUCAGCUAGAAGAUUGCAGGUUCUCCAGUUUUUGAUUUCGACACUGCAGAAGCUCGCCGCCACCAGAGAUCUAUGUAUUAUCAUUCUAUCUCAGUGUGCUACUAGAAUGCAAUUUGAGCGUGGUGCUACGCUCAUCCCUGCUAUUAAUGCUAAUACUUGGGAGCAAGGAAUUUCUACUCGACUGGUUCUGUUCAAAGAUUGGGUAGCGGGAAGUGACACAGUGCACGGUGCCCACUUUGUUGGCAUCCAGAAAUUGAACGGUAAAACGAUUCCAGGAGGCAUUAGUCAAGUUUUUGCUUUCAAUAUUCGGGGCGACGGCCUUAUUGCCCUUGACCUAGAUGAGGGUCAACCAACCUUGCCUCUAUCACCGAAUGCACGUCUCAAACGAAAGUUAAGCCAAACUGACUUCGAUAUUGCUGAUAGCGAAGGCGAAGAUUAUGGCUGGGAAGUUGACGAUGAAUUGGAAAUGCCUAACUUGCCGCCACAGUGGCAAGGUAGUGAAGACAUUCUCCUUGGACAAGUAGAAGAUGACGAGGUCCACACCGAGGAGGGAUCAGAAGACCAAGUGGUGCAACUAGAAGAGACUACGGCACCUUUAGAAUCGGAUCUUGCCGACCUUAGUGGGGACGACUCUAUUUGACAUCGAUGUAUGCGGGUCUUUGAUGGUCUCGUCUCGUCUGUUUUAAAUUUGAG